GAUGUUUUUUUUUUAAAUUUUUGAAGAACGGAUUCAGAAAAAAACAAUAUAUUAGUAUUUCUUGCUUUUAUAAGGAAAGAAAAUAAGAAAAUGACUUCAAAAGGACAUAAAACCGAACUUGAUCUAAAUGUUCCAAAGGAAACUAUGUUAACUUCCAGCACAAUUGCACAGCUGGUUAUUCAAAUUUUAAAGCUGUUGCUAUUUCAAAGAAAUCAAAUUCCGUUGGUGUAUACGACCUUAAAACUUUUUAUUUCGAGAUGGGGUAAUCAAGAAAGUUACUUAUCCGAGGAAUUAAUUGAAAUAGAAAAUUUCGAAUUCCACAGAUACCGCCUAAAUAUUUUAAAAACAUUUCAUGGAAUAGAAGAGUAUUUUAAUAUAAUUAAACAAACAUUUCACAGUAACAAAAUCAUUAAAUCAGUGAGAAUAUUGCUCGGUCCAACUGCUUUUACGCCGAAAGAAGUUUAUACUAUCAAUAUUCCAACGGUUUUUUAUGAUCAUUAUGAUGAAACUCAUGCACAUGUAAUGGAAUUUGUUACAAGGAAGCUUUUAAGAUCAAUAUUGUUAUCGGAAAAAUUAGGAGAAACUUUUGUGAACCCUCUAAGACCAACUAAUGUAUAUAUGGAUUUUGAAGUUGAGUCUCCUAAUGGAUCAAUAAAUGAGUACCUGGACAUGAAAGACUUUUGCGAGUUUACGCAGUCGUGCAAACAAAUUAUUUUGAACAUUAAACCCGAGAGUGAACACUUUAAUAAUUUUGCCUGCUGCCGGAAGUUAAAAGUUUUUGAAGAAAUUAAUGAAGUUGACUCAGAAAAAAAGAUUGUUGAAAAAUAUUGUUCCUUGGAUUUUAAAUGGUAUGAAAUCAACCAGGUAAUAAAGGGGUUUAAAGACAAUAAAAAAUUUAAUAUAUGGAAAUUAGAAUAAUUUUUUAAUUCAGAAAAAUUAUUUUACAUAACUAAAUUUAAAAAAAUGUAGACAAAUUUAGCAAAUUUCGAGUCAUAUUGACAAAA